UUUUCACAUAGACGGAGCUACAUUCAAAAGGCAGACCAUUAUAUAAUUUGUGAAGAUUAAAUAGGAACGCAUCGGAAGAACAAUAUAUGCCCCAGUAAGGCACAGCUUUGUCACUGACUCAGGAAAACUCUUCGGCAACAUCAGCACCUCGGAUCCAUUACCUUGCCAGGCUAAAAAUGCCACUUUUUGGCUGGAUGAAAUGGCCAAAAUACGAUGCCUACAAACCCACACACUGCCCUGGCUCAGACAUAGUGACAAAGACUCUGCUUCGGGAAUUAAAGUGGCAUCUGAAGGAGCGAGAGAGACUAAUACAAGAGAUUGAAAAUGAACAAAAAGUAAAAAAAACAGGAGUGGAUUACAACUGGCUGAGAAACUACCAGAACCCCCACAUGACCAUCCCGGCUACAGAACAAAGACAACUUGAAGUCCUUUGCUCACAAGUUCAACCUUGUCAGACCGGAACUAUUCUCAGCAGGUUCCGAGAAGUUUUAGCAGAAAAUGAUGUACUGCCGUGGGAAAUAGUCCACAUCUUCAAGCAGGUUCUGAAAGACUUCCUGAACAGUGCUGACAAAGGCGAGCAGCAGGAAGGCCGGGAAGAGUCGAGGAGACCAGACUGCCCUGCUCCUUCUGUGACGCCAGCCACAAGCUCCCAGAGUUCAGACAAGGACGAAAUACCCACGAUUUCCAGUUACGUGGACAAGACCACAAAAAACAGGUUCCCGGCGUUCUCGCACAGGAUAUGGAACCUACCGUAUUACCACCCAUCAAGUUAAGUACCUUGUAACCAGAGGAGUUUCUAUGAGCACCUUUGGAACAAGAACUCUUUAAUAGUAAGAGUGAGAAAAAGUGAUUUCAUGUUUU